GUGCUCCAAGUUAGAAAAAAGUUUUUACGAGGUACCAGCACUUUUCUUUCAUUAGGGUAAAGGAGUGAGGAAAGUACCAAACAGCAGCAGACUUUUAAACUUUAAAUAUAAGCAGGUCUGAGUGACUGAACUUGCUUAUUCAUUUUACUUCACCCUCUAAGGAGUUCAAUCAGUUGGAGUGCCUACUUCUUUUAAGAGGAAGAACGGCGCCCAGAAAUCAUGGGUGACUGGAGUGCCUUAGGUAAACUCCUUGACAAGGUUCAAGCCUAUUCCACUGCUGGAGGGAAGGUGUGGCUGUCAGUGCUUUUCAUUUUCCGAAUCCUGCUACUGGGAACAGCGGUGGAGUCAGCCUGGGGCGAUGAGCAGUCUGCCUUUCGCUGUAACACUCAGCAGCCUGGCUGUGAGAACGUGUGCUACGACAAGUCCUUCCCCAUCUCCCACGUGCGUUUCUGGGUCCUGCAGAUCAUCUUCGUGUCUGUCCCCACACUCUUGUACCUUGCUCAUGUGUUCUACGUGAUGAGGAAGGAAGAGAAGCUGAACAAGAGAGAGGAGGAACUCAGAGUUGCCCAAAAUACCGAAGGUGUGAAUGUGGACAUGCACCUGAAGCAGAUUGAAAUGAAGAAGUUCAAGUACGGUAUUGAAGAGCACGGCAAGGUGAAAAUGCGAGGGGGCUUGCUGCGAACCUACAUCAUCAGUAUCCUCUUCAAGUCUGUCUUCGAGGUGGCUUUCUUGCUGAUCCAGUGGUACAUCUAUGGAUUCAGCCUUAGUGCCGUUUAUACUUGCAAAAGAGAGCCUUGCCCACAUCAGGUGGACUGCUUCCUCUCUCGGCCCACGGAGAAAACCAUCUUCAUCAUCUUCAUGCUAGUAGUGUCCUUGGUGUCUCUGGCCCUGAACAUCAUCGAACUCUUCUAUGUCUUCUUCAAGGGUGUUCGGGAUCGUGUGAAGGGGAAGAGCGAUCCUUACCAUCCUACCAGCAACCUGCUGAGCCCCUCCAAAGACUGCGGAUCUCCAAAAUACACGUAUUUCAAUGGCUGCUCCUCACCAACUGCUCCCCUCUCGCCCAUGUCUCCUCCGGGGUACAAGCUGGUUACUGGAGACAGAAACAAUUCUGCGAGCCGCAAUUACAACAAACAAACAAGUGAGCAGAACUGGGCUAAUUACAGUGCCGAACAAAAUCGAAUGGGGCAGGCAGGAAGCACCAUCUCCAACUCCCACGCACAGCCUUUUGACUUCACUGAUGACAACCAGAAUUCCAAAAAACUGGCUGCUGGCUACGAACCGCAGCCACUAGCCCUUGUGGACCAGCGGCCUUCCAGCAGAGCCAGCAGUCGCGCCAGCAGCCGACCUCGGCCGGAUGACCUGGAGAUCUAGAUCAGGCGGCCGAGAAUCAAGAAUCCACUCAGUCGUGGAGAAGAAAAAGGUGCUGUAGAAAGUGCACCUUAGGUGUUCAUUUUGUUCCAGUGAAGUUGGUACUCAACAGCCUUCAUCAUGAGCCUUAGAAAACACAAACAUAUUAGGAUACCUGGGUUCAUUUGGGAUAGGCGGGUGGAGAGGGAGGGGAUCAGGGAGGUACAUGUUGGUAUUUACUGUAGUUGGUUCAAAGAACUUAAGUUCUAAAUAAAAGUUGUUGCAUUAGGUGAUACAUAGGUAAGGGCUUUUUCUCUUCCUACCCCCCUGGACUGAUGCCAUGGCCCUAAGAAUAUGUCUGCAUAUGUGAAAAGAGUGGGUGAUGUUUUGGCUAAACACUUUUUUUGUCUUACCAAGAAACUGAAAUGACUUUUUCCAAGGAAAAACACUUUUUGAAUAUCUUAUUUUUUUAAUCAGGAAAAAGAGGAUUGUUCUUAGGUCCCUGCUAAAACAUUCCAUUUUUAAAAUUUGCACUUGAAGGUGAGCUUUCUAGGCCUGACCCUCCAGGUGUCAGCAGACUUGCGCUAUUGUAUUUCUUGUUCUUGGUAUCAGUUAAAAGUCCAGACAAGGCCCGCGGGAAGAGGCUUUCCACGAGUUGGCAAAUCUCGGCCAUGUUACAUGUACAUUCUUUUUUACAUCCACUCACAUAAUAUUGACAUCACUUUUUCAUCAUUCCUCAACCAUUCACAUUCAUUUAAUGAUAUCCGUAAACAUUUUUAAAACAGUUGGGAUAUCACUUAAUAUUUUGGAGUUGAGUCAGGGAAAUAAGCCAUGUUCAAUAUUUAAUAAUCACUUGUAUGUGUAUGUGUGUGGAAGAGUGUGUUUUAUUUGUCAUGUAUUGGUACAAACAGAUACAGUAUAAACUCACAAACACCGAUUUGAAAAUAAUGUACCCACAGUGUUCAAAUUUGAAUCUUUCUCAUGGAUUUUGUGGUGUGGGCCAAUGAUGGUGUUUACAUUAUAUAAUUCCUGCUGUGCAAGCAAAGCACAUUUUUUCCUAAAAUGUUUUUUUCCCUGUGUAUCCUAUUAUGGAUACUGGUUUUGUUAAUUAUGAUUCUUUUCCCCUUUUUUUUUCUCUUUUUUUUAGAAUAUAGCAGUGAUGCUAUUGCUGAAAUGAAUGAUUUUCUUUUUCUGAAAUGUAAUCAUUGAUGCUUGAAUAAUAGAAUUUAGUACUGUAAACAGGCUUUAGUAAUUAAUUUGAAAGACUUAGAAAAAAUGCUUAGAGUCCACUAUUAAGUGUGUGUAAAUGAAUUUUGCAGUAACUGGUAUUCUUGGUUUUGUCCUACUUCGUGCACAUUAAUUCAGAGCAAAGGAGGUUCAGUAGUACACGUGUAACUAAUUUAUUUGAAAUUUAUCUUAAAGAAAUCUUCCAGUUUCUUCAAAUGACCUUUAAAAACUCAUCACAGAUGAUUAGGAAAAUGUACAGCAUUGUACCUUUCUUGCAUGUCAUCUACAUAUUAAAUAGUUUUGUACAAUGAGAUACUAAUUUGUUUGACAUUCCAUUUUAAACUACUGUCAUGUUCAACUUCAUUGCAUGUAACACAGACCUAGUCCAUUGGAUCAUGUGUUCUGGAGAGUGUUUCUUAUUCAAUAAAGUUUUAAUUUAGUGUAAA